AGUUCUUCCCGACAGUCUUCACGCUACACGACGAUUUCCAGUUUUCUCGAUAGCUGCGUUGUUUCCUCUGGGAAAGAACAUUUACACUAAGAUCCAGGAACAAAUUCGACACGAUGGCUUUAACCUGGCGGUUCGUGGCUUUAGCGCGUUUGGGUAGGAAUGUACACGAUCAAAAAUGUCGAUUCCUUUCUGUAAGCUGCUUUCGAUGCGGAACCGUCGUUCCCUUCAAACUAUCGGAUAUCGGAGAAGGAAUUCGAGACGUCACUAUAAAAGAAUGGUUCGUGAAAGCAGGCGACCGGGUGUCUCAAUUCGAUAACAUUUGCGAGGUCCAAAGCGACAAAGCGUCUGUAACGAUUACUAGCCGUUACGACGGAUUAAUUAAGACCUUGCACUACAAAGUGGACGACGUGGCACUGAUAGGCGAUUCAUUACUGGAUAUCGAAUUGAACGACGAUAAUAAUGGGAAUACGGAAACCGAAAAGGUCGAAGACAAACCGCAGACGACGACAAAGCCUGAAAAUACGAACACCCUGGCGAGCGAGGGAAUGGAACACGCGGCGCUAAAUGGGGUAGAAAAAGCACUGGCUACUCCCGCGGUCAGGAGAAUAGCCAUGGAGAACAAUAUCAAGUUAAAGGACGUAGUUCCUACGGGCAAAGGUGGCAGGGUACUUAAGGAGGAUAUAUUGGCACACUUGGAAAAAAUUUCUGCUAGUUCCGCGGGAAAAAAGGUCGAGGAAAAAUCAACAAUCGGGAAAGUGAUGUCGAUAAAAGGCUAUAGCAAGCAUAUGUGGAAAACGAUGACGCAAUCCUUGAGCAUACCGCAUUUCGUGUACAGCGACGAGUGCAACAUUAAUGAAUUGAUGAAUUACCGAAACGAAGCAAAGGACUCCCUAAAGGAGCAAGGUGUCUCUUUAAGUCUGAUGCCUUUCUUUGUGAAGGCAGCCUCCAGAGCGUUGGAAAAAGUACCAAAUCUGAACGCGUGGCUCGACGAAGAUAAUCAAACGAUACGGGUUGUGGAAAACCAUAAUAUCGGUAUCGCUAUGGACACACCUGACGGUUUGGUGGUACCGAAUAUUAAAAACGUUCAAAACCUGAGCAUCCUGGAAAUCGCGAAGGAACUGAACAGGCUUCAGGAACUCGGGAGAAAAGCAUCGAUACCGCUUCAAGACUUAACAGACACGACAUUCUCGUUGUCGAAUAUUGGCGUCGUGGGUGGUACGUACACGAAACCGGUGAUCCUACCUCCACAAAUUGUGAUCGGUGCAUUUGGAAAAGUGCAAAAACUGCCGCGAUUCGACAAGAAAGAAAAUGUGAUAGCCGCGAAUAUAAUUUCGGUUAGCUGGGCUGCUGAUCAUCGAGUAGUGGACGGCGUCACCAUGGCAAGGUAUUCGAAUCUUUGGAAAUAUUACGUCGAAAAUCCUGUAUUCCUGUUGAUAGGAGCGUGAACACGUUUAUAUGUUCAACGAGAUAUACCGAUGAACUCAUUUGCUCAAUACGUGAGUCAUAUACGAUAUUUAUACACAUAUACGUAUAAUAAUUUUAACGGUUGAACAUUUUAUUAAUACAAAUUUUGGAGGGCUUAACGAAUCUAUAUAGUACAAUAAAAGUCUGAAAACAUUUUGUACGUAAAUAUUAAUUUAUUUAUUGCUGCACAACCAACUAGGACUUUUUGAUAAAGGUAAAAUAUCUUUUUUUUCUAACAUAUUCAAUGCAUUACAACUGUAUGGUAGUUAUUAUAUGGUGACCAGUCGAACUGUGAGCAGUUUUGUACAUUAAUCUAUACACAUUGUCAUACAAAUUAUUCGAAUGGAAGAUAUACAAAAACUAUGUUAAGGAAGUGGCUGUACCGAUUAAUAUCUUUGCGUAACGAUUGCUCUUUAUAAAAGAUUAUUUCAUCUUUGAAGCAUUAGAAUCGUUAUUAUAAGAUAAAAAUUCAGCAGAGAAAAGAAUUUGUAAGAGAAUCGU